AUGGGAGACUACACCGUCCACUUUACCACAGAUCCCCUUGACCACAUCCUAGCCGGCAACCUCGCCUACCAAAAACGCACUACCGCGCGCAAUCCCAACGCCUUCACGCUCCUUGCCCAAGGCCAGGCACCUGAGAUUCUGUGGAUCGGCUGCGCAGAUAGCCGUAUCCCAGAAACUACUGUGUGUCACUGCAAACCGGGAGAGAUAUUUGUCCAUCGCAAUAUCGCGAACACAGUGCAUGCGGAUGAUCUGAAUGCUGCUAGUGUAGUCGAAUAUGCGGUCACACAUCUGAAAGUCAACAGAGUCGUGGUAUGCGGGCAUACAAAAUGCGGAGGUGCGAAUGCAGCGUUGAGUGAUGUGGAUUUGGGCACGACGCUGAAUACGUGGUUACAUCCGGUCCGAGAGCUCCGUCGUCAGAACAAAGUCGAAUUAGAAGCAUUGGCAAAUGACGAUGCGCGGUCCGCUCGUGUUGCAGAGCUCAACGUGCAGCAGUCUAUUGAUGUGUUGAAGCAGCAUCCUGCUAUCAAGAGAGCUAUCGCUGAGCGAGGCUUGUCGCUUCACGGUCUCAUCUACGACAUUGGUGCUGGACAGCUGAAGAUCCUGGAGGAGACAAGUCUCCGGUGUCCGACCUAA